UUUUUUUGAAGAUAUUUUACUGAAGAAUUCAAGAUAGAUUCUAGAAGAAGCUGCACAAAGGCAGUUCGAGUGAGAAGCUAAUCCCCUCGUUCCAUUGUUGUGUAUAAACAAAUAUUGUCGCUUUUGGUAAAGUUAGAGGAAAUAUCAGGGAAAUGCUCGACAGGGUGAUCGUGACAAGUGUACACAUACGCAUCUUAGCUUUCACGUGAUUAUUCAGUGAUACGCGUUACAAGCAUGCCUCAUUAAUGACUAAUUACUUUUGCACAUGUGCUACUGCAUAGACUGGUUUGCCUCAUGUUUUCAUAAAUAAGCACAUACUCCACAACGUUUCCACCGCUGAUAAGAAAGCCGAAGCUCUCCUCGACCGGUUCCUUUAAGAAUAAGUGCAAGAUUCAUUAGAAAAGCUCCACUUCUAAAAAUAAUAGUCAAUCGCUUUGUCGGCCAAUAAAGUUGGCGUCCACAUUGAGACUGUUCAGAUUAGCCAGCAUCAAGUGACUCCGCAAACAAAGCAGUUGAACAUGUGUCGAUUAAAAGUGGAUAAUAAUUAACAAGCAAACAACACUCCAUAGUGCGAUAAACGAUUGAGAAAAGUGCGAGUUUUAUCAGUCAGAUACGACCGUACUCGGAUUCGAGCGUUCAGACAGUCCUUGUGGGAGCGUUAAACGAUUGAGCACUGCACGUAUCUGCAAGAACGCUUUGGGUAGAUAGCGCAGUAUCUUCGUACUGAAUUGUGUAUAUAACAACAUAUUUCAGAGGAGAUAGGGUCGGGUCUUCGUUCGCAAUCGAUCAGAUACAUAAAGCAAUUGAUAACAACCUACUGAGCAUCAUCACUCACUCCCGGCUCUAUUGAUGCUGGACAGUAUUUUCGACAAACCUCGGAGUUCCUUACUAUAAAAUAAAAUCGUCUUAAAAUUAUCAAUCAUUUCGCGGCGUGACUUCGACGCAGUAUCGCUCUAAUUGUUCGGGGCCGAUUUCCACAUUUAGGAAAAAGAUACUCUCAGUCGUGAAAACAUCUUGAAACGGUGCAAACUUCAAAGAUCAAAAGAGUGAAUACUGCGACUAUCGAUUCUUCUCUAGUGAAUGAAUAAUUUAUGACCAUGGUGUUGAGGCGUGAUGAAAAAGAUAUCGCUCAAGUUUAAUUAAGUCACCUGUGCCAAACGCACUGCCAUCAAAUUGUGAUUUUUCUCAGUGAAUUAAUUUUUUUUUUUUAUUUUAAUUGAGUUCAAAUAAACUGAAAUUGUAGAAAGCAAUCCUAAAAAUCAAUGGUCGUGAUUCGUUGAGUUUUAAUAUUGGGAGACGAAAAAAGCAAUCGGUUUAGACUGAAGAAAGCCUAAACUUCCAAAAUGACCGGGCAAGAAAGUGCAUCAUUAGUAACCGCGAAUGGUACGAAAAUAGUAACUGGUCCACAUGCUGCAAAUUCUCCACUAGUUGAAUCACAGCCUAAUAAAAAAGAUCGUGGGAAACCUCUACGACAAAUUAUAGCAGCUUUUGUAGCUAAUUUAGGUACAAUUAAUACUGGAUUGAUAUUUGGAUUUAGUGCUGUCGUCAUUCCACAAUUAGAAGCUGAAGAUUCUGUGAUACCAAUUACUGAAAGUCAAGCAUCAUGGAUAGCAUCACUUGCCUCAGCUGGAACGCCUUUCGGAUGUAUCGUUAGUGGCUACCUCAUGGACGCAGUCGGUAGAAAACUAACUCUCCUGAUAACUCAAAUACCUGCUAUCCUGGGAUGGAUUCUAAUAUGUUCGGCGGACAGAGUAGAGCUGAUUUAUGCUGGUCGAUUUUUCGUCGGUUUCGGAUCAGGUAUGGUGGGUGCUCCAGCUCGUGUAUACACGUCAGAAGUCACUCAGCCGCAUCUACGUGGGAUGCUUAGUGCCUUAGCAUCAGUCUUCAUCAGCUUUGGUGUCCUGAUGCAAUACACACUGGGCUCAUUCCUUACAUGGAAGAUUCUAUCUAUUGUGUCGACAAUGAUCCCUGUUGCAUCGUUAAUUCUCAUGUUCUUCAUGCCUGAAACGCCAAAUUAUCUGGUAGCUCACGCGAAAUCUGAUGCUGCACAGAAAAGUUUGACCAAACUCAGGGGAUCGUCAUGCAACGUUGAGGGUGAAAUGCAGCAGUUGGAGGAAUUCAACCGGAAAACUAACGCUAAUAACAAAGUUACAGCAAAAGAGAAAUUGGCUCUCCUAUUAAGUCCUACAACCCUCAAACCGUUCGGAAUUUUGGUCCUGUAUUUCAUGAUGUAUCAGUUCAGUGGUGUGAACACAAUUACCUUCUAUGCUGUGGAGAUCUUCCGUGAUUCAGGAACUACUAUGAAUACUUACACCUGCACCAUUUUACUCGGCGUUGUGAGGCUCAUUUUCACCAUUGUUGCAUGUAUUUCGCUGAGGAGAUGUGGAAGGAGGCCGCUGACCUUUAUAUCAGGUGUUGGUUGCGGCGUUUCAAUGUUAGGUCUGGGUAUCUACUUAUAUUUCAAAUACAAGUGGGACACGUCUGACCCGCCAAUUACUCCAACUGCAACCUGGUUCCCGGUGGCAUGCAUCUUUAUCUUCACAAUAGCUUGCACUCUCGGUUUCUUAGUAGUACCAUGGGUUAUGAUUGGUGAAAUCUACCCUCAAAAAGUGCGAGGUAUUGUUGGUGGCCUGACAACAUGCAGUGCUCACAUCUUCAUCUUCGUCGUUGUCAAAACCUACCCCUUCCUGGCUCAUGCGCUCUACCGACACGGUGCCUUCAUGCUGUACGGCUGCAUAUCAUUAGUUGGAAUGAUCUUCUUCUACCUAUGCUUGCCGGAAACAAAGGGACGAACACUCCAAGAAAUCGAGGACUACUUCUCUGGCAGGAUUAAAUCCCUUAAGAAGGAAAAACCGAAGAAGGGGGCCGACCCCAUUCCCCCAAUUGUGGAGAAGAACAAAUUACUUAACUAGAGAGAAGGCUAGUAUCUUUUAGGUCCCUAAAAGAGCACUUAAGUAACGUACCUUAGACAUUUAAAGUUACGCAAGAGAAAUCAAUAUUGUGAUAUCUUCUUUAAUGUUUUUCAUAUGUUAAAGACCCAACUGAAGUCAUUCUUGUUUAGUAAUUGUAGUUUGUACAUAACAUGAAACGUACUCAGUCUCCUCAACAGUUGCGGAGAGAAGAUCCUUUCUGUACAUAACUAUAGCAAGUAACUGUUAUUUCUACGGACUUUUGAUAGAUAUGAGAUCGACAGUAUUAAAAGAUAUACGCGGAUGGUCGCGUUGUGUAAAUUGAGUUUCAUAUACAGAGACAUAGCAUAUUCUUAUGUGAGUUUGAUGAAGGAUCAAUGGUCAAUUGCUAUUUUAGAUACAAAUUUAUUAUGAAAGUGCCACAUCGACUAUGCUGUUAAUUCUACAGAAGUUUAGCUACAUUUGUUACGAUAAUUUAUUACUUAUAAGAUAGCGUUAGGAUACAGAAACAAAAGUGUACGCUUUUUUUAAAGAAAAUAAACAAAAAAUAAGAAGUGG